ACACUUUUCUUCUGCGAAUCUGGCACCCACGGAAGCUCUCCGUAGAGCUGAAAACUUGUUGUUGUUGUCGGGAAAAUGGCGUCUAAUGUAGAGGCCCCAGAACCCUGGUACCUCGCCCUGCUCGGUUUUGCUGAGCAUUUCCGAACUUCGAGUCCCCCUAAAAUUCGACUAUGUGUUCACUGCCUGCAAGCCGUCUUCCAGUUUGAACCUCCGCAGAGGAUUGAGGCCCGGACGCAUCUCCAGCUCGGCUCGGUUCUCUACCAUCACACGAAGAACAUCGAGCUGGCCAAGGACCACCUCGAGAAAGCGUGGUAUAUAGCUCAACAGGUCCCUCAGUUUGAAGAUGUCAAAUUUGAGGCUGCAAGUAUUUUGUCCGAAAUAUUCUGCCAACAGAAUUUGGUGGAUUCCGCAAAGCCCCUCCUGCGAAAGGCUAUUCAGAUAUCUCAACAAACUCCAUACUGGCACUGCAGACUACUGUUCCAAUUGGCACAACUCCAUACCCUGGAGAAGGACCUGGUGUCUGCCUGUGAUCUGCUUGGGGUUGGAGCGGAGUAUGCCCGAGUGGUGGGCUCAGAAUACACAAGGGCAUUGUUUACCUUAAGCAAAGGAAUGCUGAUGCUGAUGGAGAAGAAGCUGAGUGAAGUGCACCCUCUGCUCACUCUGUGUGGGACCAUCGUGGAGAACUGGCAGGGAAACCCCAUCCAGAAGGAGUCUCUCAGGGUGUUCUUCCUCAUCCUGCAGGUGACGCACUACCUGGACGCUGGACAGGUGAAGAGUGUGAAGCCAUGUUUGAAGCAAUUGCAGCAAUGCAUCCAAACCAUCUCUACACUCCAUGAUGACGAAAUCCUUCCCAACAACCCAGCGGACCUCUUUCAUUGGCUGCCAAAGGAGCACAUGUGUGUCCUCGUGUACCUGGUGACGGUCAUGCACUCCAUGCAGGCAGGCUAUCUGGAAAAGGCCCAGAAGUACACAGACAAGGCUCUGAUGCAGCUGGAGAAACUAAAAAUGCUGGACAGCAGCCCGAUCCUGUCCACCUUCCAGGUCAUCUUGCUGGAGCACAUCAUCAUGUGUCGACUGGUCACCGGCCACAAGGCCACUGCCUUACAAGAGAUCUCUCAAGUGUGUCAGUUGUGCCAGCAGUCUCCGCGGUUAUUCACCAACCACGCGGCUCAGCUGCACACACUAUUGGGUCUUUACUGUAUCUCGGUGAACUGUAUGGACAACGCUGAGGCCCAGUUUACCACAGCUUUACAGCUCACGUCACACCAGGAACUUUGGACUUUUAUCGUUACUAACCUGGCCAGUGUCUACAUUAGGGAGGGCAACAGACACCAGGAGCUGUACAGUCUCCUCGAGAGAAUCAAUCCGGACCUCAACUUCCCCGUCAGCUCCCACUGCCUCCGGGCCGCUGCCUUCUACAUCAGGGGACUCCUGUCCUUCUUCCAGGGACGCUACAACGAAGCCAAACGUUUCCUGAGAGAGACCCUGAAGAUGUCUAACGCAGAGGACCUGAACAGGCUGACGGCGUGCUCUCUCGUUCUGCUCGGUCAUAUCUUCUACGUCCUGCAAAACCACAGAGAGAGCAACAACAUGGUGGUACCAGCCAUGCAGUUGGCCAGUAAGAUCCCAGACAUGUCUGUCCAGUUGUGGUCUUCUGCGCUGCUCAAAGAUUUGAACAAGGCCUUGGGAAACCCCAUGGACGCCCAUGAGGCAGCUCAGAUGCACCAAACCUUCUCUCAGCAGCUGCUGCAAGACCACAUCGCUGCCUGUAGCCUCCCUGAGCAUAAUCUCAUCAGUUGGACAGAUGGACCUCCUCCCGUACAGAUCCAGGCCCAGAACGGCCCAACCACCAGCCUGGCAGGCCUGCUAUGAGGAACCGUGCUGCCUUCUUUCCUGUGACACUAGCCUCACGAAUCCCAUUGAAUGCUACCAACCGGCUGCCAGAACUCUCUUCUGCCGAGCACUGCAUGGAUUUAGUAGGUGUACGCAUACAGUGCGAGCCUUCACUGAAGUAGCUACAACUGAUAAUAGUCUUGCUAUUAUUUAAUUAAGUCCUCCAUCACUGUUCCAUCUGCCCUCUUUGGGGUGCUUCCUGGUUGAAGGUGAAUGGCCGACAUUUCAUCUUGGCGUCGAGCAAGGUGCUAACUUGACGAAACAAUGUGUUCUUUACCUCGGAUAGCGAGAAUCCUUUGCUUUAAGCCAGGUUUUGCCUUCUAUGAAAACGUAUAGGGUUCAUGUAGAGGCGGGUAAAGCUAAUUUAUUUAUUUGUUAUUUUUAUAACAUGCUAUUUUUGUGUUAUGCUUGGAAUUCACUGGUUUGUGUUGAUGCAAAGGAGAGAAACCCUUGGUACAAAGUAUCUUGCACAGUAUUAAUGUCGAAAUUGAUACUAUAUUUACUUAUGUAUGUAUGUAUAUAUAUAUAUAUACAUUUUUACAAAUAUUUUGAAUUUGAUGGAAAUAUGGUCUAUAUUUAGGAUGUGGAGGGAGUUCCUUGUGUGCCAUUCUUUAUAGGAUUUCAAAUAAU